AUGAGUAUGGUUGGCAAGGUCUUUAUCGUGACUGGCGGCGCGUCCGGCAUUGGCCGGGCCACCGUGAAGAAGCUUCUCGAGAAGUCGGCCAAAGUCCAUGUCCUCGAUGUCGCCGAUGCUUCACCUGAUCAGUGGGUGCUUGGAGGCCAAGCCCCUUAUUACAAAGUCGACGUCAGUUCCCGCGACAGCGUCAAGGCCGCUUUCGACAAGAUUGCCGCGCAAGAUGAGCGCGUGAGCGGACUGGUCCACUGCGCCGGCAUCUUGCGCACCUCGGACUCUUCAACCGGGGAAGACGAGAGCGUUCGUCGCCUUUGGGAAGUGAACACGAUGGGCACGUGGUAUACGAACACGCAGUUUCACCAGCUGGUCAAGGCAGCCCGAGAACGCAAUGCCGGCGCACAGGAUAGGACUGGCGUCAGCAUCGUCAACCUAGGCUCCAUGGCAUCCGUCAGGGGUCUGGUUGCUAUGUCGGGCUAUUGCGCCAGCAAGCACGCGGUGCUCGGCCUGACCCGGACCUUUGCUCAGGAAUGGGGUCCUGAGGGGUUUAGGGUGAACGCAGUAGCACCGGGAGCAGUAAACACGCCCAUGAUACAAGGCAUGACGGGCGGGGAUAACAUCAAUGGAGCCUAUGUUGGUGCUGUCAAGUCGUUGUCGGAGCCGGAGGAGAUAGCAGAUACAAUCAUCUUUCUGCUGAGCGAGGGUGCAUCAUCAAUCACGGGCCAAGCUAUCGAGGUCAACGGGGGUUGGCCCUGA